CGUUGAGACACCCCACACGACACCAUGAUGUCCUCCACGCUCGCCGGUGCCAAGCUCCAGUGCCGCGCGCCUGCCCAGCAGCGCCGCGCCCAGCCCGCUGUGGUGGUGGCCGCCGCUGACAACCGCGCCGCCGCCGGCUUCGCCGCUGCUGCCCUGGCCGCUGCCGUGCUGAUCAACGCGCCCAUGGCCAAGGCUGACCUGACCUCUGACCUGAUGGCCAAGUCGUCGGAGAACAAGGCGCUGCACGACAAGCAGCGCCUGGCAACCAGCUACUCGAACUUUGCCCGCAGCCGCACCGUCAGCGACGGCACCUGCAAAUUCCCCGGGAACUGGUUUGGCUGCGACAUUGGCGCCGUGGCUGGCGAUGUCAAGUUUGUGGCUGACGACAUCAAGCUUGAGUGCACGGGCAAGGAGGCCGGCAAGUGCGCCAGCAACAUGAACAUCCUGAACAAGCGCCAGUAAGUGCCCGGCCUGCGAGGCAACAGCAGCUGCGGCUGGCGGAGCGCACGCCCUCCCGACCCUGGUGGCUCACUGUCUGGUCGCCGCACCAGUACGCCCUCGCGCCACUCCCACCCCGAGAAGAACUUGCCUUUCCUCUUUUUGUGCUCUUGUUACCAUUGCUUCCCAGCGUUUUGUGCAUGCUGCAAGGCCCUCGGGCUCCGCCCACCCAGUGUAACACUGAAUUGCC